AUGGCGACCGUCAACGGAAAAGCAAACGUCAACCGACCAGUUGAUUCCAAGCAGAAGGAAGCCGAUGUCAACCGCAAACUUCAGUUCUACGGAAUCGCCAGCGCUUUCCAGUACGGGAAAGUUCCUUCGAACGACCAAAUCGAUGUUGCGUUGAACAGCUUUCUCCAGUCCAAGGCGCUUGCGCACCCAUCCAAGAAGCUCUCUCCAGAGGGACAGCAGCUCGUUGCCGAUUUCAGGGAGGUUGUGAAAGAGGCCAAGAAUCUCCUGCUCUCCAAGAAUGAGGGAAACCUCCUCCAGGAUUUCAUUUGGCAGACACAGCAGUUCAACCCCAAGGCUGUCAGCCUCCCUAGUGCCCCUGUGGAUAAGGAACAGGCCCAGCAGCAUGGCAACCAGGCUCUCGAGGGAUUGCGCACUUUGGGCACUCUCAUUAUCACCAACGGCCAGUUCCGCAAACUGCUCAAGGAUGCCACCGUCUUGCUCCGUGAUAUCGCUGGCGAUGCCGCUACCAAUGCCGCCGCUCGCGUGAGGCCUUCCCAGGAGGACCUUCAGCAGCUUGAUGCGCCCGCUCCUGAUAAUACUUGGCACGAGAAGCCUGAUUUUUCCCGUGAUCAGGUGAAGAGCAAGUUUAGCAACAUUUACAAGGGAAACCCCAAGGAGGACGCCAAGCAUGUCUUGGGCGAGGCCACCUCUGCUGCUCACCCUGAUGGAUCGGCCAACCCCAGAGAUUUGGCCAACACCGCUGCUCAUGAUGGCCGCACUGGCGCCUCUUCCGGUAUCGACGCUGAGAAGGGUCUCUCUUCUGCUGCCAACACGGCUCAGCGCAAGCUUGACCAGAACCUUGAUGAUGAGACCAAGGAGAAGGCCAAGAAGAAGAAGGAGGAGUACAAGGCCCGUACAAGGGAAUACUUCAAGAAGAAGGUUCCUCAAGAGCGUCGCGAACAGACAAUCUGGCGCUUGAAGAAAAUGAUCGUUGAAAUCCAGCAGCACCCCGAUUACCACCGUGCGAUCACCACUUUGCUCAACAUCGCCGAGGAGUACGGUAGCCACGCCAACAGACUUGCUCAGGGAGGCACUAGUACUGUGAAGGAUACGCGUAACGCUUUGGCCCAGGCCGAGGGUGAUCUCAAGACCCUUAUUGAGCGCUUCGCCAACGGCACUUCCACUGAUGAUCUGUGGGCUUCCAUCAAGACCAUCUAUGAGGAUGCCGACAAAGAUCCUGAGUUGAAGAACUGGUUCAAGGCCAUGAACAGCUUCAUUCGCCGCUGCCUCCAGGAGGAGGGUUACAUCCUCGAUGAUGCUUCCAACGAGGAGUGGAACCGCCUUUACGACCAAGGCAACUACCUUCUCCGCAACAAGUAUCGUGCCCACACCGAUCGCGUUAUCGAUGAACUCAAGUUCUUGGCCGAUCAGUUCGACCACGAUCCCCAAAACAAGAGCUUUGCGGCGUCCCUGAACAAGUUGUUCACUGAUCUUGGCAACGAUGAGAACGGCAAGCCUACCUUCAAGCCCCAUCUCGUCAAGGAUCUGACCGACGUGGUCAUCCCCGCCAUGUUCGAGAAUGUCGCUUACAUUCCGGUUCCCCGUAUCGAGUACUCCGAUCACCAGAUCGACGCUGUGAUUGAGAACCUUGUCCUUGAGAGCGACAACUUCAUGCCCAAUGUCCUCGAAGUUGCUAGUGAAAACUACCUGCGCUUUGGUCGCAAGAAGAUCGCCAACAAGAAGAAUAUGUCCGUUGACGUCAAAGUUGCCGGUAUCCAAAUGGAUCUGCGCGAUGUGAGCUACUACAUCAAGCGGAAGCAGGGCUUCCCAUCGCUCAGCGACACUGGUAUUGCCAACAUUUUGCUGGAGGGUGACGGCUUCACCUUCCGCAUGAAGAUGUCUUCGGCCGAUGCUAAGGACAGGCAGAACUUUUUCAAGAUUGACAAGGUGGAUGUUGAUGUCAAGCACUUCCGCAUCAAGUUGAUCAAGUCCAACCACAAGUUGCUUUUCAACCUCUUCAAGCCCAUCAUGCUCAAGGUUCUCCGUCCCGGUCUUCAGAAGGCUCUCGAGAAGGCCAUUCGUGAUCAGGCUACCAGACUUGACAGCAUCCUGUACGAGAUCAAGCAGGAGGCUGAUAGGGCUCUUGACGAGGCUCGCGAAGAUCCCGAGAAGACUCCCAAUAUCUACAAACGCUAUGUCACAGCGGCACAGAAGAAGGUCCUCCAGGGCAAGCAGAAGGCCGAGGGCGCUGUUGCUGACAAGAAGAUCAACUAUGCUGUUACUAAGGAGGACAGCAUCUUCCCCCACAUCAGCCUUCCUGGCGGAAUCAGCUCCAAGGCCACGGAGUACAAGGAGCUCGCUCGCAAAGGCGACAAGUGGGAGAGCCCCGUGUUCUCGAUUGGUUCUGCUGGAAAGAGCCACGACAUUCCCCCCGCCCCACGUGUUGUCCGCAAGCCGCACUCUACCACUGGCACCGGCACUAACGGUGCAGCCCACGGCACUGGCAACGGCCACGCGCUCCACGGUGGUCCUGGCAUGAACGUCGGCAACGGUAGCUUGAACGUUGGCAACGAUGGCCGGAACCUUCCCGGUGCCAACUACCUUCCUGGCGACCCUGCUGUAAGCGGUUUUGGAACGAAGAAUGUCGGCAGCGCCCCUAACGGCCGCGUUCCUAAGAACUUGAUGAGCAGUGAGUUCAUAUCCCCAAGCAAAUCCCAAGAUAUGUCCAGGCCACUCAUCCAAGAAUACAGCUUCCCUAACAGACCACGAAACCACUCCAAAACCUUCCCAUUCUCUGACCUCUUUCGGACCCUCUUCAACCCUCUCAUUGACUGCAAACCCUCAACCUCUGGGGGUACGGUGCGCGGCCCCAAACCAGGACGAGGCGGCCACUUCUCCAAGGUCUCCUACCAUGAACAGCGCCGGCACAUCAUCGAGCGCUUCAUGUCGCGCUGGCGGUCCGAAGUUGGCAACGAUUUUUACCCGGCCAUGCGCCUCAUCCUCCCCGACAAGGACCGCGACCGCGGCGUGUAUGGGUUGAAGGAGAACACCAUCGGCAAGCUGCUGGUCAAAGUCAUGAAGAUUGAUCGGAACUCGGAGGACGGGUAUAACCUCAUGCACUGGAAGCUGCCGGGGGGCCAGAGUGGGGUGAGCCGGUCUGUAGGUGACUUUGCGGGGCGCUGUUUUGAAGUGGUCAGCAAACGUGCGAUGCGUGCUCAGCCGGGGGACUUGACGAUUGCGGAUGUUAAUGUCCUGUUGGAUCGCUUGGCGGCGGCAAGCGGGGAGGCCGAGCAGUUGCCGAUUUUUGAGGAGUUUUAUCGGCAGAUGAAUGCGGAGGAGAUGAUGUGGUUGGUGAGGAUCAUAUUGAAGGAUAUGAGGGUGGGCGCCACGGAAAGGACGUUUCUGAACCUGUGGCAUCCGGAUGCCGAGGCGCUGUUUAGCGUUUCGUCGAGCUUGCGGAGGGUAUGUUGGGAGCUGUUUGAUCCAGAGUUUCGGCUGGAACAGCAGGAGACGGGGAUUAAGCUGAUGCAGUGCUUUCAGCCGCAGCUGGCGCAGUUUCAGAUGACAACGACGUGGGAGAAGUUGGUGAAGAAUCUGGGGGUGACGGAGGAGAACCCGGAGUUCUGGAUAGAGGAAAAGUUGGAUGGCGAGAGGAUGCAGAUGCAUAUGAUAGAGGAUGAUACUGUGCCCGGAGGAUUUCGGUUUGCCUUUUGGUCGAGAAAGGCGAAGGAUUAUACUUAUCUCUAUGGUGAGAGCUUGGGAGAUGAGCAGUCCGCUCUGACGCGGCAUCUUCACAAGGCCUUUGACGACGGUGUGCGGAAUUUGAUUCUCGACGGAGAGAUGAUUACCUGGGAUAUCGACAUUGACAAGAUGGUGCCCUUUGGAACGCUCAAGACGGCCGCGUUGGAACAACAGAAGAACCCAUCUAAGGCUGGUCCUCGCCCGCUCUACCGUGUCUUCGAUAUUCUGCUGCUAAACGACAAGCCCCUUACCGAAUACACCCUCAACGACCGGCGGAGAGCUCUCGAGCGUGCCGUCGUCGGUGUCCACCGCCGCUUGGAAAUUCUUCCCUUCGAGCGAGCCACCUCCCCAGACGCCAUUGAGCCACUCUUGCGACGAGUCGUGGCCGAAGCAUCGGAGGGUCUUGUCCUCAAGAACCCACGCUCUCGCUAUUCACUCAACAGCCGUAACAACGACUGGAUCAAGGUUAAACCGGAGUACAUGUCCGACUUUGGCGAAUCGCUCGACUGUGUCGUGGUGGGCGGGUACUUUGGCUCCGGCCGGCGCGGCGGCACGCUCUCUUCCUUCCUCUGCGGUGUGCGCGUAUCCCAGAACUUCAUCAAAAGCGGCAAUGCCAGCGCCGAGAAAUGCCUCUCCUUCGUCAAAGUAGGCGGCGGUUUCAAAGCGGAGGACUACGCCGAAAUCCGGCACCACACCGAAGGCAAAUGGCAGGACUGGGACCCUUCCAGUCCACCAACGGAAUACAUCGAGCUCGGCGGCGGGGAAAAGUUACAGUACGAGAAGCCGGACGUGUGGAUCCGACCCAGCGACUCGGUUGUCAUCUCGGUCAAGGCCGCCAGCAUCACACAAUCGGACCAGUUCGCCAUGGGCUGGACGCUGCGGUUUCCGCGCUUCCGCAAACUGCGGCUGGAUCGCGCGUGGGACUCGGCGCUGGACAUGGACGAGUUCGAAGUGUUGAGAUCCAAAAUCAAGGACCAGGAAAAGGAGCGGAAAAAGAUGGAGAUGGAGAACCGCAAGCGGAAACCGGCGACCAAGCGCGCGAGGAAGGACCUAGUUAUUGCGGGGAUGUCUGAUCCUUCGUCUUCUUCUGCUGCUACACCCGUCAUCGCCCCGAAAGAGACAAGAGAAGCGAGCAGACGGUUGUUCGAAGGCUUGGACUUUUGCGUCCUUUCGGAUUCUUUAAAACCAAACAAAAUGGCUAAACCGGCUUUGGAGAAACUCAUCAAAGACCACGGUGGUCGUAUUCAUCAGCAGGUUAUGGACCACUCCGGUCAGGGGAAGAUCAUCAUCCCCAUAGCAGAUAAGAACGUGAUCAAAGUGGCUAGUCUGAGGAAGGCCAACCCGGAGAUGGAUAUCAUCCGGCCUAAAUGGAUUUUUGACUGUCUUGUGCAGCCAAUGCCGUUCACGAAACAAAAAGAAAACAAGAAGGGCUAUCUCCUCCCCUUUGAACCCACCCACCUCUUCCACUCCGGCAGCGAAGAGACGUCAGAAGAAGCGGACCAAGCAGUGGAUAAAUUUGGCGAUAGCUACGCCGGGGACUUGGCAGAAAUAAACGAGCUGAAGGCGAUCAUGGAGGGUAUGGAGUCCGAUGAUUAUGCAUUCGAUUCUGACUGGGAUUCGGACUCUGGCAGAGGAAGAGGAAGAGGCGACGGAUUUGACCUGGAUCAUUUCCUAGAUCACUUGGAAGAGCAAGGGACUUCGUUGGAUGAGCUACGGUCGUUCAUGUUCCGGAGGUGUCGGGUUUUCUUUGCUUUACCUAGUGUUGGUAACGGAGACGGGGCAGCAGAAAGCAAAGCCUUAAGACUGAAGAACUAUAUACGAUUUGGGAACGGGAAGGUAGUUGACGAGCUGGAGACGGCGACGCAUGUGGUUAUUGUUACUGCUUCUUCCGAGGAGAGUUCAAAGAAGGAGGAGAGAGAAAUGGCGGCGGAGAUAAGGUAUAAGAUUGGCUUGAGAGAGGUGGGGAAUCCAGUGCCAAGGAUUGUGAACGGGGAAUGGGUGGAGGACUCAUGGAAGGAGGCGACGGUGGUUGAUGAGGAAGAGUAUGUGGCUGGGUGA